GGAUCAUGGCGUGCAGCCUGUUCUAUAAAACCCCCCGCAGCCCGCUCACUGUGGAGGAAUAGUCACCGGUUUGGCAGAGGAAGAAACUUUGCAGAGACGCGCAGGAUUUGUACUCCCGCUGACGGACGCUGGCUGGAGAAUUUACGGAGGAGAAGAAGAAGCGCAGAAGGAGGAGGAGGACAAAGCGGGCAGAGGAGAUUUACGCGCCGAGAGUUCUUGAUCGGGACACAAGCGCCUUUACGCACAGCCACAGGUGGAUGCUGGGAAGCGGAGCUCGGAGGAGAUGUUUGCCCUGGAACAGUUUGGGGUGCUGUCGGCCCUGGCCACUGCGCUCACCUCAGUCCUGUCCGCGCUGCUGCUGCUGGCGCUGACCCGGCAGCUGUGGAGCCUCCGCUGGAGUCUGACGCGGGACAAAGAGAGCAGCCUGCCGCUGCCGAAGGGCUCCAUGGGCUGGCCGCUGGUCGGAGAGACGUUCCACUGGCUGUUCCAGGGCUCCAACUUCCACAUCUCGCGCAGGCAGCGACACGGCAACGUGUUUAAGACGCACCUGCUGGGGAAGCCGGUCAUCCGGGUGACGGGCGCAGAAAACGUCCGCAAGAUCCUCCUGGGCGAGCACAGCCUGGUGUGCACCCAGUGGCCCCAGAGCACCCGCAUCAUCCUGGGCCCCAACACGCUGGUCAACUCCAUCGGAGACCUGCACAGGAGGAAGAGAAAGAUCGUUGCUAAAGUGUUUAGCCGGGGGGCUCUGGAGUCCUACCUGCCCCGGCUGCAGGACGUCGUCAAGUCUGAAAUCGGCAAGUGGUGCUCGGAGCCAGGCGCCGUCGACGUUUACAGCGCCGCCAGAUCCCUGACAUUCCGCAUCGCCGUCAAGGUCCUGCUGGGUCUGCAGCUGGAGGAGGAGCGGAUUGUUUACCUGGCCCGGAUCUUCGAGCAACUGAUGAACAACCUGUUCUCACUCCCCAUAGACGCUCCGCUCAGUGGGCUGCGCAAGGGGAUAAAAGCCAGAGAAAUCCUGCACGCUAACAUGGAGAAAAUCAUUGAGGAAAAGAUGGAGCGGCAGCAGGCGGAGGAAGAGUACUGCGAUGCCUUCGACUACAUGCUGUCGAGUUCCAAAGAGCACGGCCAUCAGCUCAGCAUCCAGGAGCUCAAGGAAACAGCAGUGGAGUUGAUCUUCGCUGCUCACUCCACCACAGCCAGUGCCUCCACAUCGCUGGUCCUGCAGCUCCUUCGCCAUCCAGCUGUGGUGGAGAAAGCCAGAAUGGAGCUCGAGGCACAAGGUCUCGGUUACGAAUCCCACAGCCCCCCUGACCUCGCCCUGGUGAAAGAGGAGGACGCCGCCAACACAGAGACAAGCUGCCUGCUGAACAGAGGACAUCUGAAUCACCAGAAUCACAAUGAUGGUUUUCCACAGUCCGUGUCUCAUAUACCACAUCUGACCCUGGACAAGCUGAGUCAGCUCCGCUACGUCGACUGUGUUGUCAGAGAGGUGCUCCGCUUCCUGCCGCCAGUUUCCGGUGGUUACCGGACAGUCCUUCAGACGUUUGAAUUAGACGGCUACCAGAUCCCCAAAGGCUGGAGUGUAAUGUACAGCAUCCGGGACACCCAUGAGACUGCAGCAGUUUUCCAGAGCCCAGAGCAGUUUGACCCAGACCGGUUCGGCCCAGAUCGGGAGGAAAGUCGAUCAUCUCGGUUCAGCUACGUCCCGUUUGGUGGCGGUGUUCGGAGCUGUGUUGGGAAAGAGCUGGCACAGAUCAUCCUAAAGACUCUGGCUGUGGAGCUGAUCGGAACUUGCAAAUGGACCCUGGCCACGGAGAACUUUCCCAAGAUGCAGACAGUCCCCAUAGUGCACCCGGUAAACGGGCUCCAUGUGCAUUUUACUUACAACUACCCGCUUUAGAGACAAGCACAGACUGACACACUUUCCAAACAAACUCAUCCUCAGUCUUUUUCCAGAGAGAAAAUCUCAAGAAAGUAGACAGAACCACCCCGCCAGGUCUAAUGGUGCAGUUCAGACGCCCUUACACGAAGCAGGGGUUUAUGUUGCUGGUUUGGAGCACUUCAUCAUCUCUUCAGUGGUUUGGUUCAAAUCUAAGAAACCAGUGGUGUUUUUUUUAAGUAUUUCCCAACAUUUCCUAUCCUUAACAUGCAUUUUAAGUUAUUAAUGUAUCAAGGAGCAGCACAUUUCUUAUUUCCAAACAAAAGAUCUGGGUUUCUUCCUUUAAUAUUAUAGCUGAAUGGACUGCAUGGACCUUUCAUUUACAACAGUGACACCAGAUCAGUCAGACUUCAGAUCAGUUUCACCAGCAGUUUCAUAUUAUGCUGCCUCUAAGUAGUCUGGUCAUGCAUACUAACUUAUUGAAACAUCAAGACAUAAUGUGCAUCAGUUGGAGUGAGCUCUUCAAAACUUUUCUUGGCUCUUGUUAAGCUGGAGAAGCCUGAUUUGACCUGCACACAGCAAGUGCCUAGUGAACAGCUUGAGGUUCAUUUUCUUUACCUGAAGUCAAACACCUACGACAGAUCUGCUGUAGACAACAGGAGACAAAAGUCUUUCCUGAAAGUCUUCGUGGCUCUAGUUUCUUGUCUCAGGCAAAGCUCUAACUGCCAGCAAUGGUUUGGGCAUCAGUCAUGAAACACACUUGACAGAUGCUAAAAUCCACUCAACUCUGAUGCUUUUAUCUUUUGUACCUCUUUGUGGCUUUUACAUCACUGUGUAUUAGUUUGAUAUACAGUACAUAUCCAGGAGCUAUGAGUAAGCCACUUGACUUCCAUUUACAAAACAUUCAAGAUUUACUCUUAAACUUUUGAAAAGUCACAAAAAUGCAACUUGAACGCAGUCUGGUGGCCUUGGGGAUGUGAGGACCUCACCAAGAGAAUCAACGUGACCUACGACAUGGCUUACAGACCAGUCUCCAUUGUCUCUGUGUACCUUUCUGAACUGCCUGUGGAAUGGAAUGGAAAUGGUGCCUGUGGAGAAACAAAAAGAUAAAACAUUUAGUCUGAAAAUCUGUGACAGUUCCCAUUAAAACUUCAUCGAAGCCAGGGGUGCAGAGAAAAUUACACUUUAAGAAAAUAAUUCAAGACCCUGUUGGACAAGGGAGCGACGGGACUUUGUCUGCAUGAUGAUCUACACCGCAAAAACACCUUUACUGUUGGAUCUUGCACUUGCACACGAAUCUCACAACCAGGAUCAGGGUCCAAAUGCAUUCAAACUGCUCUGUCAAACAUGAAUGUAAUAUAUAUCCUUAACAGUGCUAUUAUGUGUGUGUGUAUCAAAUGAAGUAGCUUUAUGAAUAAGCUGUAUUUAAAAUGCAGAUGUGUCAUUUCUAUUGAAUUCUGUCUCUAACCAUAUUUGUGGUAAUUGUGAAUAGAUAAACACUAAACUGUACUGUAAAGGAAUCUUGUUUCACUGGUAGAACAUAGCAAUUGUUUAGUGUGGCAUAUGUUGAGAGUAACGUCGUUAAUUGUUGUUAUUAUUGGUCUGAUUUUAGGACUGUUUCUGUGUUGGUUUUGAAGCCUAGUAGAUGCGCUGUGAACACGGAUGGAUUCGUGGAAGGAGAUAGCACUUUCUCCACUUUAAGGAGUCUGUAUAUAUUUGUCCUGUUCUUGCAUUCAUUGAGUGUACUGGAUGUAGCUGCUGUACAGUUGAUGUAAAGAGUAAAUUAGAAAAUGAUAAACAAAAA